AUGGCGGAGCGGUAUAUCCCCGAGCACCGUCGGACUCAGUUCAAGGCGAAGAACACCUUCAAGCCUGAGGAGCUGCGUCGUCGUCGUGAGGAACAGCAGGUUGAGAUUCGGAAGGCCAAGAGAGAAGAGAACCUUGCGAAACGUCGAGGUAUUGGAGCUGGCGAUAAUCGUGGCGCCUCGCUUGGUGCCGCCCCCGACAGUGACGAUGAGUCUGCCCCCACAGAGUCUCAGUUGAACGAGGACCUCCCCCAGAUGGUCCAAGGCGUUUUCUCAGACCAGGUCGAUUUGCAGAUUUCAGCCACGACAAAGUUCCGUAAGCUUCUGUCGAAGGAGCGCAAUCCUCCGAUCGAAGAGGUCAUCAAGACUGGUGUCGUUAGUCGCUUCGUCGAGUUUCUGCGAUCCCGUCAUACCCUCGUACAGUUUGAGGCUGCUUGGGCCUUGACCAAUAUCGCCUCCGGCUCGGCUACUCAGACUCAGGUUGUCAUUGAAGCUGGUGCCGUUCCUAUCUUUGUUGAGCUCUUGGCCAGUACUGAGCCUGAUGUCAGAGAACAGGCAGUCUGGGCCUUGGGUAAUAUCGCCGGUGACAGCCCUCAGUGCCGCGACUAUGUGCUCAGCUGCGGUGCUCUCAAGCCUCUCUUGAACUUGCUUGGCGACAGCCGCAAGCUCAGUAUGCUGCGCAACGCCACCUGGACUUUGAGUAACUUUUGUCGUGGCAAGAUGCCCCAGCCUGACUGGAAUACCAUUGCUCCCGCUCUUCCUGUUCUGUCGAAGCUCGUGUACUCUUUGGACGACGAGGUCCUUAUUGAUGCCUGCUGGGCCAUAUCGUAUCUCUCAGAUGGCUCCAACGAUAAGAUACAAGCCGUUAUCGAGGCUGGCAUCCCACGUCGCUUGGUGGAGCUUCUCAUGCACGCUUCCACCUCUGUCCAGACCCCUGCACUUCGAUCUGUCGGUAACAUUGUCACUGGCGAUGACAUUCAAACACAGGUCAUCAUCAACUGCAGUGCCUUGCACUGUCUUUUGUCUCUCUUGAGCUCAAGCAAGGACGGCAUUCGCAAAGAGGCUUGCUGGACCAUCUCCAAUAUUACGGCUGGCAAUACUUCUCAGAUUCAGGCUGUCAUUGAUGCUAAUAUCAUUCCUCCGCUGAUCCAUCUUCUUCAGAACGGCGACCUGAAGACCCGAAAGGAGGCCUGCUGGGCUAUCAGCAACGCCACUUCUGGAGCUCUUCAGAAGCCCGAGCAAAUUCGCUACCUUGUCUCUCAGGGCUGCAUUAAGCCUUUAUGCGACCUGUUGACCUGUCCCGAUAAUAAAAUCAUCCAGGUUGCUCUCGAUGGCCUUGAGAACAUUCUUAAAAUCGGAGAUCUUGACAAGCAGGCUGCCGGUGAAAGUGCCGAGGCUAUCAACCGAUUUGCUCUCUUCAUCGAGGAAUGUGGUGGCAUGGAAAAGAUUCACGAUUGCCAAAACAAUGCGAACGAAGACAUUUACAUGAAGGCUUACAACAUCAUCGAGAAGUAUUUCUCUGAUGAUGAGGAGAAUGCGGAUGAGGGCAUGGCUCAGCCCGCCGGUCCUAAUGGCACCUUUGGCUUUGGCACUAACGGCGCUGCUCAGUCUGGCGGGUUCAACUUUGCUAACGGCGGUGACUCUAUGGACAUGUAA